AUGUCGAAAUACGCCCAUCAACAGAUCGAUGAUAAGGAUACAAACGACACCCUUGGCGCAGAUGUUCCCGAGGGACAGGUCCAAGAUGACUCUUAUGUGACGGGCACUAAGAACGAGUCGGUUCCUGUUCAAAGCGACGACGCGCCCGUCGAAGAUCCGAUCAAGGCAUCAUCUGCCGACAGCGAUAGACAGCUGGAGCAAGAUGAUAGAGAGGCCAUUGACAAAUCUAACAUCAUUGAUGAGAAGAUUCGUGGCGCCAAGCCGAGAGGAUCGUAUCGCGAACCCGGCGACGAUCAGUUAGGAUUGACUGAGUAG